AUGAAAUCAGAUUUCAAGUUUUCAAAUCUAUUGGGUACUAUUUAUAGGAAAGGAAAUCUUAUAUUUACUUCAGAUGGUACUAAAUUAUUAUCACCAGUUGGAAAUAGAGUUUCAUGUUUUGAUUUAAAUAAAAAUCAAUCCUUUACAUUCAGUUAUCAACAUCGUAAAAAUAUUCAAUGUAUUGCAUUAAAUAAACAAAAUACUUUAAUGAUAUCAAUAGAUGAAGAUGGUAGAGCUAUACUAGUCAACUUUGUUUCCAGAAUUGUUUUGCACCAUUUCAAUUUCAAAUCUAAAAUUCAAACUAUUCAAUUUUCACCGUGUGGUAAAUUUUUUGCAAUUGGUAUUGGAAGAUUUAUACAAAUUUGGAAAACUCCGGAUUUAACUGAAGAUAGACAAUUCUCACCAUUUAUAAGAUUUAGAAUAUAUCUGGGUCAUUUUAAUGAUAUUUUAAAUAUCUCAUGGUCAAAAGAUUCAAGAUUUAUAUUAAGUACAAGUAAAGACAUGACUGCAAGAUUAUAUUCUUUAAAUUCUGAUGAAAAAGACGUUGGUAUGACAUUUUCAGGUCAUAGAGAUUACGUUAUAAAUGCAUUUUUUAAUAGUACUCAAGAAAUAAUAUAUAGUGUAAGUAAAGAUGGAGCAUUAUUUAAAUGGGAAUAUAUCGAGGAAGACGAAGAGGAAAACAAACCAAGUAGUUGGAGAAUUACAGAAAAGAAUUUCUUUUAUGCUGAUGGGAAAUUAAAAUGUGCAAGCUUUAGACCAGAAUCAAAUUUAUUAAUUGUAGGUUUUACAAAUGGUGAAUUUAGAAUAUAUGAAUUAAGUGAUGGAUUUAAUUUAAUUCAACUGUUAUCAAUGGGCCAAAAUACUGUAAAUACUGUUGAAAUUAAUAAUAGUGGUGAAUGGUUAGCAUUUGGUUCUUCAAAAUUGGGACAAUUGCUAGUUUAUGAAUGGCAAUCAGAAUCUUAUAUAUUAAAACAACAAGGUCAUUUUGAUUCAUUAAAUACGUUAUGUUAUUCUCCAGAUGGUUCAAGAUUAGUUACUGGUUCUGAAGAUGGGAAAAUUAAAAUAUGGGAUGUUAUAUCUGGAUUUUGUUUAAUGACAUUUACUGAACAUACUUCAUCAAUUACACAGGUAAGAUUCUCCAAAAAGGGUAAUGUGUUAUUUAGUUCAAGUUUAGAUGGGACUAUAAGAGCUUAUGAUUUAAUUAGAUUCAGAAAUUUUAAGACUUUUACAACUACUGAAAGAAUUCAAUUUACUUGUUUAGCAAUUGAUCCAAGUAGUGAAAUUUUAGUUGGUGGAUCUCAAGAUACUUUUGAAAUUUAUGUUUGGUCAGUUCAAACUGGUCAAUUAUUAGAUAGUUUGACUGGUCAUGAAGGUCCAAUUUCUUGUCUAUCAUUUGGAAUGGAAAAUUCAUCAAUUCUUGCAAGCUCAUCAUGGGAUAAAACUAUAAGAAUAUGGAAUAUUUUUGCUAGAAAUCAAACUGUUGAACCUAUUGAAAUACAAAGUGAUGUUUUAAGCUUAACUAUGAGACCCGAUUGUAAAGAAAUUGCCGUAUCUACAUUAGAUGGACAUAUUGCAAUUUUUGAUGUUGAAGAUACUAAACAAUUACAUUUAAUAGAUGGUAGAAAGGAUAUUUUACAAGGUAGAUAUUUAAAUGAUAAGUUUGUACUGAAAAAUUCAAAUAGAGGUAAACAUUUCAAUACUAUUUGUUAUUCAUUUGAUGGAUUAACUUUAUUGGCUGGUGGUAAUAAUAAUUCAAUAUGUAUGUAUGAUAUUGAAAAUGAAGUAUUGAUUAAAAGAUUUGUCGUAUCUGAGAAUAUGUCAUUAGAUGGGACAUUACAAAAAUUAAAUAGUUCAAAAAUAACUGAUUCUGGUAUAAAUUCAGAUUUGAUAGAUGUUCAAAGAGAAGCAUCAGAUCUUGAAGAUAGGAUAGAUAAUUCAAUACCUGGUUCAAAAAGAGGAGACGCAAGUUUGAGAAACACAAGACCAGAAAUUAGAGUUACAAGUUUAGAAUUUUCUCCUACUAAUUCUGCAUUUGCAGCAGCUACCACAGAAGGUUUACUUAUUUAUUCAAUAAAUUCAGAUUUAAUUUUCGAUCCCUUUGAUUUAGAUGUUGAUAUAACUCCAGAAUCUAUAAUUGAAUCAUUAAAUGAGAAAGAAUAUUUAGUGGCUUUGAUUAUGUCAUUAAGAUUGAAUGAGACAUAUUUGAUUCAUAGAAUAUUGGAAUCUAUUCCUUUGAUAGAUAUACCUUUAAUAUGUAAUGAUGUUCCAAUUAUAUAUGUAAAUAAAAUUUUAGAAAUUAUUGGAAAUUUAUUGAUCAAGAAUAACUCACCACAUAUAGAAUUUUAUUUAAUUUGGAUAAAGAAUUUAUUGAUUAAUCAUGGAACAUAUAUCAUGAGUAAUAAAUUUAAAUUUCAAAGUAGUUUGAAAUUAUUAAGUCGAUUUUUAAAUAAAUAUGCAAAAGAGAUAGUGAAAAUGGGUAAAAGAAAUCAAUAUUUAUUAGAAUUUAUAAAUGCGAAUAAAGGAUUGAAGAAAGAAAACGAGAAUGAAGAUGAAGAUGAAGAAAUGGAAGAUGUAGAAGACGAAGAAGAAAAAGAAGGUAUUAUAGAAGAAGAAGAUGAUGAUGAAGCAGGUUGGUUUGGUCCAAAUUCCAAACCUUCCAAUGGUAUAAAAUUCGUAGGUCCAGAUGAUAGUGACAGUGAUGAUAAUGAUGAUGAAUUAAUAGACGUUUAA